UUUUCGUCUUUCAGUGCGGUGUUGGGGUGGCGGGAUAUUGCUGGCAACUUGGGCUGUAAUAGUUCUUCCCGGAGCUGUUGCAAGUUAUAACGGGACAUGUGCGCGUAGCACAGCUCCUCAAACCUAUGUGAGAUGGAUCGAAGAGAAAGUCCUGCGGGAAAGAGAGGAAAACGUGUGCCAAAGCCUGUGGAUGACAACUCCUGGGACUGUAGUGUAUGCACCUACAAAAACACUGCUGAAGCUUUCAAAUGUCUCAUGUGUGAUGUCAGAAAAGGCACAUCAACAAGAAAACCACGUCUUAACCAAGACAUCCAGCAAGUUCAGACAUACACGCCUCCCGUACCGAAAGCCAAGCGGUUGGAUAAGAAGGAUGGGAAAGGUUUGAAAGGGCUGUCGCGGCUGCGUGGCGUGGACCGCAGCCAGCCGACCCACCAGGCCGUCACCAUCAACGACGUGACUGUCAUCAUCACCGAAUUUCGAGCCAAGGCCAAGGACAAGUUGGGCGCGUCGGGCGCCUCCACGGGCGACACGAGCAGCCUCUCGGAGAGCGACCGUCACUCGGAGGCCUCCAACGGCCUGCCCGAGCUGCAGGUCAAGGCCUGAGGUCGACUGCUCGCUCCCGUCUGUCCGACCGCCAAUCAAAACUGCCGGCCACUGCCAGGACCGCUCAUGUGAUAGCGCUCCGGGGCCGUGCGCCGCCGGCCCCGGCCCGGCCGGCGGCGCACGCUGGCACGUGCCAGCCGUGGAGAGCUGGCGCCGGCCUGAGUCUGGUCGUGCCGGCGUCCUAGCGGCGCAACGGGCGCGUGUCGCCAUGUACAGGGCACGCCCGGCGACUGGGGCGACGCCUGGCUGCCGGGGCCCGGCGGCCGGGGCCGUGCCAGCCGUCAAACAAUCGUUUUCUGUUGUUUACGUACCGCGUCGGCGGUGGUGUCACCCACCCCUCGCGCCUCGCAUCAUGUUUUGUAACGGUGGACGCCGGGUCGUGUUGUGGGAUGUGUUGUACUGUGUGAAACUUGCUGUACAGCACUGCUGUAGAACAACCGCUCGCCUCGCAUUGUGUUUCUGGAUAAGCGCCAGCCUCAGCCCACUGCGGCGGUCAUCCUCUUAUCAUUUGCCUCAUUCGCGUCUCGUCACACGACCUUGGGUUUUAAUCACGAACAUGUUGUAGAUUGUUGUACCCAUACUGUAUUAAAAUUCGGUCUAUAAUGCAUUCAUCAUGUAAAUGG